AUGUUCGGGAAUGGGGCCUCGGACACGUUGGAAGUUAAGCUUCGGUUCUGUGCUCUUUCUUCCAGUAUUACCAAGGCGACCACGCGUCACAGAAAGCGUCGUGGAACAGAUCUGGUGUCUUCUACUUCAGAAAAUACUAACAGCAGUCCGGUGCGCGUGCCGAACUCGGACGAUACCGUGUUCCAAGAACCUCAACCCACUACUAAGCGUCGACGUAGUUCUGUCAAAAGCUCAGGCUCGGGAAGCAACUCGGUAAACUUUUCCUCGCACAAAUCGGCUUUCACGCGACCCGUGGCGUCUUCUGGUCUCAACGGAUUACCUCAAUUGGCCACAAGAACACAAUCUUUACCCUUCAUCUCAGAACAUUCGCUUGCACAUCGCAUUCUGGUCUCCGAUAUGCAGGAGCAACAGCAGCUGAUUUCCGGGCCCGUGGAAGAACUUGAUGCUCGUGGUGAUCUCAUUUCUAGUCGUUUUUCCAAUUUCCAGAAACUCAUGAAGACCACUAAAUCACAGCCAAAGCGUGCCAGUCGCUCCAAAAGUUUUAUACAAUCUGUUGUCAAGAUUGGCGAUAUCAGUACUAAUGGUAAAGGCCAUCAGAAUGGCACUUAUCAACCUCAGAAGUGUGUCAACUGUGCAUCCAUCACCAAUCCUCCUUACAAGUUCCAUCGCGAGGGCAUCUACGAGUUCGCAAAUGCAGGUCUUCUAUGCCGCAUUUGCCAUAGACUUGAGCAAAAAGGUGACGUUGAAGAGCUACGACGUCGUGGAGAGUUGGGCUCCAAAGGACUUCUAGAUGGACCAUAUAUUAGAUCUAAGAAGAGAAAUAUAGGUAGAAAAAACACUACCAGUUCUAGCUCACCCUCGUUUUAUUCGUCUCCAGUUUAUUCUGACUCCUCCAUCAAAAGUAGGCAGAGACAAAUAUGGCAGCAGUCGGCGAUUCCUGAGGAGAUAUCGAACGGUUCAGACGAUAUUCCAGGGAGAUCAUCGUAUCAGACGCAACUUACCGAUCUAGAUCCUGUGUAUAAGUCAAGCCUGCCUGAUGUUACGUCUGCAGGUAUAACUACAGUGAUGAAUAAGCGCAACCAUACAUCGUCUUCUGUAUACAGUGAUAACUCUACGUAUACGGCAGAAGAGGAAGAGGAAGAAGAAGACGAUGACGAAGAAGAUGCUCCAAUUAACGCUACCAAACUGAACACAACAUUGAUACCACUGGAUGAUGAUGAUAAAGAAAAUCUAGCUCCACAAGAGAUGUCUGAAGAUAUGCCUGCACGGGAACAAAAGUCGCAUUCACUUCUAGGAGCUGAAAUCUCCCCAAGUAUCCAACGGAUCAUUGAUUCGUUCUCGAAUCCCGAGCCUGGAAGCAGCAGCUCUCCUACCAAGGAUUCGCCAGGAGGAGAAUGGGUUAAUUCGUUUUUUAACUUCUUUCAGGAUGAAGGUGAACACGGUACAGCUGUAGAUACCGAGCAGCCGCAGCCACAGCUUAAUACAAAUAUAGUUGGAGGUAGUGCGGCCGAUCCGGAAGUGAGCCGAGUGCUUAAUAAUGCAAUAAAAUCGAAAGGAAGCUCACCUACAAGUAAUUUAAAGUUUGAGAAAACUCCAAAAGAUCGGUUUGAGACGACUCCAGCAGAUGCAAACGCAGCAGAUACAGUGAAGACUCAGUCCGAGACGGAUGGAAGUCCGAAUUCGAUGUUUGAUCAACUUUUAGAGGCUGCCAAACAGCCAUUGCAGUCUACUGGAAAGGCGGUUAAUCUUACAGAGAGACCUGUUUCUUCGACAAAAGUUCAGAUGCUAUCAGAACAGUCAAUUACAAUGCCUAGUUCACCAUAUUUUGAGUCGAACGCGGAUACUUCAAAUACAGGAAAACUCAGCUCUACGUUGAACUGGGAAAACAACUCGUCGCCUGUAACGGAACCGACGGAACCGACGGAACCAACGGAGCCAACAGAGUCAACAGAACCAACAGAUCUAUCGGAACUGCCAUCCUCUACCAUCAGGCCCAUUAAAUAA